AUGACGCCUCUUUCACUGGGUUUUCUUUGGUUGUCGCUAUGCAUUUCCACUACAGAGACUCAAAAGCGACCGCCCAAUUAUUCACCCGACAACAUCCCGGAGACGAGUUUCACGUGCAAGAAUAAGAUUACGGGCGGUUACUACGCCGAUCCGGAGGCUGAAUGCCAGCUUUUCCACGUGUGUCUUCAAAUUGAUAUUCAUGAGUUCCGGGACUUCAAAUUUCUGUGCCCGAAUGACACAGUAUUCGAUCAACAGAAUUUGGUCUGCACCAACUGGUUUGAAGUAGAUUGUCAACAGUCCGUGCUCUUGUUCACCAAUGAUUUUGGACAAAAGCAACAACCAUCCACGCAACCAGAGGCGCAAGACACCCUUUACGAAGAUGCCUAUGGAGAAGAUAACUACGAUUAUUAUGAAUACGAGGAGGAGAACACUCGCUUCACCACGCCUAACCAACAAAACGAGGCCAAUCAUUUUUUAGCCAAUAGCUCGCCAGUGUUGACUGGAAACCGCGACUCUGGCAGAGGGCAGAAUACUAGGAUUACUUCCAACAACGGUUUCCAAGGAGGUUUAGAUUAUGAUGAGGACGAGGAUGUGAGCACCAGACCUUUUGGGCCGCGACAUAAGCAGCCUCUGACACCGAAACGGCCUCCCUUUCUCUCUCCCACCACAACUGCCAUUCCCAUCGGAGUUACCAAGACCACUCGACGACCACCACGUGUCAAGUCGAAUAUCCACGCGAAUCGGAACAACGGUAACCGAUUCAGGCACAAGAACAGAAACAAGGUGACGAUUGACACGAACAAUUUCGAGACCAACCAAGGGUUCGACACGGUUGAUGAGAUCAACAACUUCAACAGUCAUGUAAAUGACAACCAAGGCCCUGUGGUUCGACCCGACGGUCGACCACCUAGAGUGAAAUCCAACAUCUUGAGAGGGCGCAAUCGCUUCAACGAGAGCCCCCGUAACAAGAUUGGUCACAAGGUCGAGCUUGUUGAUGCCAAUAUCAAUUUCAUCUCUCCCAUCGACGAGGAUGAGAACACCAAUAAUGAAAAUGUUCAAGUGGAGCAGAACACAUUCAUUGGAGGGCCCGAGGUCAGACCGGAUGGUCGUCCUCCCAGAGUCAAAUCCAAUAUCCGCAAGAACAAUAACAAUAAAAACAGGUUCAAUCGCAAAAAGUUCGGCUCACGACAACCGCAAGAUAACUUUUCACCAUUCAAUCAAAUUCCGACAGCCUCUCCUUUGGCUACCAUCGGAACAACCAAAAGUCCCUUCGAUGGAUUCGGACCUACCGUUAAUCCUGGAUUUGGUCCCAUUUCUCAAGGAACACGCGGACCCUCCUCUGUUGCACCAUUUGAACCCACCGUUACGGAUUCGUUUGCUCCCUCGGGAUUUCAAGCAUUCCGUCCAACGACACCAAAUUCCUUCUUCCCAUCGAGCAGCCUUGCUCCCUCGACCUCUCGACCAUUCUUCAGCCCAACUCCUGGGCCGAAAGUGCACCCCUUCUCGACAAAACCCAGGAAAGAACGACCUCAAUUUGUAUCGACCACUUUCAGACCACCCUCCAUUUCCAGCACUGCGCGGCCUCUAUCCAUCUCUAGCACUGCCCGGCCUCUAUCCAUCUCCAGUACUUUUGGACCUGUCGUCGCGUCCACCGGACGGGCUCCGACCAUUUCAUCCACCAUUGAACCUGCUUUUGAGGCUUCAACUCCGGAACCGUCUCAAGGGAACAGGUUUGUCCAGGAGAGACCACGCAAUGGAUUUCCUUCAUUUCCACGUGCUCGACCUCCGGGUAGUCCACCUCGGGUUAAGUCCAAUGUCCUGCUUAGACAGAGAGGAGGCGCCAAAAGAUUCAGAGGUCAGGGUGGUGGGCGUCAGGCAAUUGUCCGAAAACGUCCUCGUGUCUCACCCAAGCCAAACAUCUUUUUGGAAUCGGAAGAACCCGAGUUUGUGGGAGAGAUCGACGAAUUCGACGAGGAACCACGGACCAACGUCAAUAUCAAUUCUCCACCCACUCGGGUCCGCCAACAACCUCGAGUCAAGUCUGAUAUUUUGGCCAAACAGAGGAACAGAGGACGGUUUGCUGGUGGAAGAAGGAAUAAAAUCAGAAAACACAAAUUUGGUAUCGCCUCACCUCUUCCUCAACCAAAUGCAAAUGAUUAUGAAGAUGAUAAUGAUUAUGAUAACGACGAUGGUGGUGCUUUUGGCAGCAAUUCGUUCGACAAAGGAUGUUCCAACCCUUUCAAGUGCCCACCUGCGAGAGUUGCUGAUGGGCGUAGACCGAGGGUGAAAUCCAAUAUCAAGGCUAGGAAACGAAAUUUCCAUCAUGUUUUCAAGAAGGGAAACCGCAUCACCGGCCGAAGACGUAAUAAGAAUAAGAAAACUCGGCAAGAGCUGAACCUCCUCCUGGCUCAACUCACACCGCAAAGAGGCGGCAAGUCGGUGGCUGGAAACAAUGGCAUCAAUGAAAUUGAAAACGAAGUGGAUGUUACUUUGGAACCGUUUUCGGAUUAUGAAGAUCCACUCGUCACCACUCUUCGACCCAGGGGGAAUAAUUUUGCCCGGCCUUUGUCGGUGCGAACCACAGCAGCUCCAUUGAAGGUACCGGAAACUAAAAACGAUGAUUAUUUCUACGCCGAUGACUUUGAAGAGGACCCACCGUUCACGACGGUCGUCCCACCUGUUGAGCGUACUUUCGCCCCAGUACGAUCGACGACUUUCGCCCCGGUGCGAUCGACCACUUUUGCCCCCGUCUCCCGACCCACACGCCGUUCAUUUUCACUUUCAUCCAGAUUUAUCCCCACCCCAUCCAAUAACAACAUUUCUCCUGUUGCUGCGACAUCAAGGAGUAUUUUCACACCAAAAGCUCGGCCAAGUUUCUCUCGCUCAUCCAGGUUCACAACCACAACGCAAGCCCCAGAAAUCACCUCCACUGCUUCCAUAACCACCACUACAACUUCUAGUGAGAGGCUCAUUUCUUCAACGGAGGACCCUAAGUUGGAUUCAUCACCUCCGACGCAUGGGUCAAGACCAAGUCAUUUACUGACCAAGGAACAACUUCUGGCCCACUUUAAGGGAACAGCCACCAUUAAGGGUUUACCGGAUUUUACGCUCACAUCGGCAAACAAGUCAAGUUCUCCCAUUACUCAUAAUCAGCCCACUUCCUUGGAUGGACGCCGGUCUCGAUUUAAUCCCAGAAGACGACCAACUCCAUCGCCUCACAAAACGCUAACAAAUGAACAGACCACAGAAGCAGCCCUUGCACAGGAACCGGCCCGUAUUACGGGGGUGGCUUCUGGUGCCAUUUUGACCCUCCCACCAACAACCACAGUGGAACCGCGAUUACCCCCAAUUGUGACUUACCCACCUCGACGGACACCAAGAGUCAAGUCUAACCUUCAGAUCGCACAAAAGAAUCGAUGGCAAAGGAAAAAACCAGGGCAGAAUGAGCGUUUGGGCAAAAAAGUGAAUGUGGACUUGUCCAAUAUAAAUUUUGUUGCUCCCGAUGCUGUGACCGAAAAAGUCAUUGAUGAUGUGACCGAAAGGGCUGAUGACGUUGUCACUGAGAAGGCUGCUGUGCCUGUGACCAAGAGGGUUCCCGGUUUGGCUGUUACUGCAGGAGUUCGAUAUGAAGAGGAGGAUGUGACAGAAAACCCGCGGGGAAUCUCCUCAACCACGACAGUCCAGGCCAUCACUUCUGAUCCUAUCUUUGAAGAGGCUGAACGAGAUCCGGAGCUCAUUCCCCUCAGACCGGAUGGAAAGCAACCCCGUGUCAAGUCUAAUAUCAAGGCCCGCUUGGCCAACAGGGGAAAACUGUUCAACCGAAACAAGUUCUCUCGCAAAGUGGCCACUGUGCCGGCUUCAGACCAGACCAGAUUUGAAAAAUCAAUCGAUGCCAGCACAAGUUCGGCGACCAAGUUGAAUCCCGACGAUCAUCUUCCGUUAGUUAGGCCAGACGGACAGACACCUCGUGUCAAGUCUGAUCUAAAAGCCAAGAGUCGUUACAUCGGCAACAAUGGGUUCAAGCGAAAACAUCCUUUCCGACAUCGUUCUCGGCCCAAGUUCUCCUCGUCGAGUCGUCGGGGUAACAAGAAGCCAUUAAUCACGAUCCGCAAGCAAAUCCAAGCCAACAACAACAACAACAACACUGAUGCCGAUGAUACUGAAGAAGACGACGACACCGCCGAUCUGAGCAACACAACAUUAAACACCCUGAUCAAUGGCGAUCAAAAGGAAGAAGCUCAAUCGUCGCUGUCUGUGUCCAAUUCAUCAAUAACAGACACCCAAAAGCCUGUAACGAACCCAAGCCAAUCGUCGGAAGAGCGUCGCUCUAAUGAUACUCUUAACACUUCCGCGAGUAACUCCCGACGAGUGUCUACGGUUCUGGCUAAUUUGAUAGAGAAGCACUCCAAAAAGAGGCCAGAUUCCUCUCAGUCAUCGUUAGAGGUAACUCCAAAGCCCAAGAGUACUUUCGAGCCCACACCAUCGCCAUCCUCAUCCUCGGGAUCAGCUAGUACCCGUCUGUUUCCACUUUUAAGCGGCCAAGUCUUGAAUACGCGGGCCCUCAACCCCACACCUACCACUCGCAUUCUGAAUACCCGUGCCGAUCAGAGCAGCCAAGCCGCAACAGAGCCAACCGUUGCGGUCAAAGAGAGCCAAGAAAGUGAUCCCCUGCCCAACGUCUAGAGAAGGUCCUCUGGGUUCAAUCUGGUCAAAAAAAACACUAAGCAAUCAAUCUAUGAAUCGGUCUACAAUUGUUACUUAUGUACGGAAAGGGAAACCCUAAUCAAAACACUUGUUGUGGCAUUGGAAGUAAUAAUACUCAUCUCUAGUCACAUAAGCAAAAAAGGUUUGGCCUGCUCAUUUGCCUGGUUUGGCUUUUUGAACUCCUCUCCACGCCCUUCGUUGGCAGCUGUGAUUACGUUGUAAAUUUCCACGUUGGCUUUGCCGAGGAAAAUUUCGAGAAAAAAAAUUGACGGAGACAGAUUUUUGUUAAAGCUCUUCUGAUGUGCAAAGCCUAUUAUUCCAUCUUUCCAAAAGAGGACUCGUCGAGCAACCAGCCAAAAGCCAUGCGAUAUUGCUCAAAAUUGCAUACCAGAAAUUCGGUUUUUAUUUGCCAUAAAACUCUCAACAAAAGUGGCCAUAGGAUGAAAAGACGUUUCUUCACGUGACUUUCGGAAGAGCGUUCAUGGAGGGUUCGUCUAUCCCAUUUCAUUUUGUUUUUUACCCCCUUUAACGCUCGUCUAAACCGAGGUUCAAGUAAGAGGCAUCUCUUGUGUGAGUGUUUGUGUCGAUUGUAUUCCAUGAAUGAUGAUGAUAUUCUCUACCAUUUCCAUGUCCAUUACCGAUGUCCGCGAGAAUGCAAAAUAAAUUGUUGAA